GAGGCGCACUGCACCGCCGGGCACCCGGGCGCCUCUCGUCUCAGGGGCUGCUGUGUGAGUGCUCGAUCCCCGUCUCCUGCCGCGCGUCGAAGGGGCCACGCUGGGAGGCGCCAAGGGCGCAUGGGGCGCGCUUGGAUGGCCCUGGAUUCGCCCCCAUAAUGUUCACAUGGGGUCCCCGCAGCAGCCAGCCUGAACCUUCGGACCCUGCGCCGCUCCUCUCUGGAUUACCGCGCCUGGGAAGCCGCCUGCACCCUUUUACCUCCCCCCAGCACCGUCCUCGUUCGACCUCGGAGCAUGGCUUCGGAUCGGCCGGUCCCUGGGGCCGGGGGCAUCUUGGGAGAACUCCCGCCGUCUUACGCGGCUGCUGCCAACUCGGAUCUGCUCCGGAGACCCAGCUACUGCCACGCUGCCUUUGCCCUCAAGCAGAUCUCCAAGGGUAAGGCUGUGGGCCAGAAAGCCCCACUGUGGCUAAGGGCCCAGUUCCAAGCCCUGCUGUUUACACUGGGCUGCUGGAUCCAGCGUCACUGUGGCAAAGUACUCUUUGUGGGGCUGUUGGUCUUUGGAGCGCUGGCUGUAGGACUCCGAGUGGCCUCCAUCGAGACAGAUAUUGAGCAGCUGUGGGUGGAAGAGGGCAGCCGUGUCAGCCAGGAGCUCCGGUAUACAAAAGAGAAGCUAGGAGAAGAAUCUCUCUACACAUCCCAGAUGCUGAUACAAACUCCCAAACAGGAAGGAGAAAACAUCCUGAACCCAGAGGCCUUAGGAAUGCAUCUUGAAGCUGCUCUGGCUGCUAGCAAAGUACAAGUCUUACUGUAUGGAAAGUCUUGGGAUCUCAACAAAAUAUGCUACAAGUCUGGAGUCCCCAUAAUUGAGAAUGGGAUGAUUGCACGGAUGAUUGAGAAGCUCUUUCCUUGUGUUAUCAUAACUCCAUUGGACUGCUUCUGGGAUGGAGCCAAGCUGCAAGGGGGUUCUGCUUACCUCCCGGGCCGACGGGAUAUCCAAUGGACCAACUUGGACCCUAUUCAAUUGAUGGAGGAGCUUGGUCAGUUUGCCUCGCUGGAAGGAUUCAAGGAAAUGCUAGAUAAGGCAGAAGUUGGCCAGGCCUAUAUGGAGCGACCCUGUCUUGACCCCUUUGACCCUGAGUGUCCUGCCAGUGCCCCCAACAGCCAGAGCCGAAAGGCACCAGACAUUCCCUCUGAGCUCACAGGUGGCUGCCAUGGCUUCUCUCAAAAAUACAUGCACUGGCAAGAGGAGCUGAUCCUGGGUGGGACAGUGAAGGAUUUCCAGGGCAAACUACAGAGAGCUGAAGCCUUGCAGAGCAUGUUCCUGUUGAUGAGCCCACGCCAGCUUUUUGAGCACUACCGGGAUGAUUAUGAGAUACAUGACAUCAACUGGAGUGAGGAGAAAGCAGCUGCUGUCCUGGAAGCCUGGCAGCGGGAAUUUGUUGAGUUGGCCCAGGAAUCCCUCCCUUCAAAUUCCUCCCAGACUAUCCAUGCCUUCUCCACCACCACGCUCAAUGACAUAAUGAAAUCCUUCUCAGAUGUGAGCGUCAUCCGCGUUGCAGGCGGGUACCUCCUGAUGCUGGCUUAUGCCUGUGUCACCAUGCUGCGCUGGGACUGUUCCAAAUCGCAGGGUGCUGUGGGCCUCGCAGGAGUUCUUCUAGUGGCUCUUUCAGUGGCAGCAGGACUUGGACUGUGCUCCCUACUGGGAAUCUCCUUCAAUGCAGCGACCACACAGGUGUUGCCUUUUUUGGCACUGGGCAUUGGUGUGGAUGACAUGUUCCUCCUGGCACAUGCCUUUACUGAGACCAGCCAACACAUCCCUGUCAAGGAGCGGACUGGUGAAUGCUUACGGCGUAGUGGCACCAGUGUAGCACUCACCUCUGUCAAUAACAUGAUUGCCUUCUUCAUGGCUGCCCUGGUGCCCAUCCCAGCUCUGCGAGCCUUCUCUCUGCAGGCUGCUGUGGUGGUGGUGUUCAACUUUGCCAUGGUGCUGUUCAUCUUUCCUGCCAUCCUGAGCUUGGACCUUCACAGACGUGAAAACAAGAGGCUUGACAUUCUGUGCUGUUUCUACAGCCUCUGCUCCUCCCGCGUCAUCCAGAUCCAGCCACAAGAAUAUGCUGAUGCAAAUGACAACCACGCUGCGCCCACAUUUCCCCAUGGACACCCAGCACUGGCCACCAGCACACGUAUCACCACCACAGUGCAAGCUUUCACCCAGUGUGACCCUUCUGGGCGACACGUAGUUACCAUCCUACCACCUAUGCAGCAUGUCUUCACCACCCCAUCCACUCUGCUGCCUGCCAACCCAAUGGGUUCACAAGUCUUCACUCCUGCCAGCUCCACUCGUGAUCUCCUGGCACAGCUGGAUGAGGGCAAAGGUGCCCAGGACUGUGUCCCGUUGCCCUUCUGCCGAUGGAAUCUCUCCAGUUUUGCUCGGGACAAAUAUGCACCCAUUCUUCUGCAGAGCCACACCAAGGGAAUUGUGGUGGCCAUAUUCCUGGCACUACUGGGCCUGAGCCUCUAUGGCACAACCAAAGUUCAUGAUGGACUGUACCUGACAGAUAUUGUCCCACGAGACACAAAGGAACACGCCUUCAUUUCAGCUCAGUUCAAAUACUUCUCCUUUUAUAACAUGUUUGUGGUAACCAAGGGUAGCUUUGACUACCCCAACUCACAGAAGGCCCUCUAUGGCCUGCAUGAGGCCUUCAACGCUAUCCAGUAUGUAGUGCGUGAUGAGAACCGCCAGUUGCCGAAGAUGUGGCUGCACUACUUCCGGGAUUGGCUACAAGGUCUGCAGGCAGCCUUUGACCGAGACUGGGAAGCUGGCCGUAUCACCAGGGAGAAUUACCGCAAUGGGUCAGAGGAUGGUGCUCUGGCUUACAAGCUCCUCAUCCAGACAGGCAGCAAGAAGGAGCCCUUCAGCCUAAAUCAACUGACAACUCACCGCCUGGUGGAUGGGAAUGGGAUCAUCCCACCUGACAUCUUCUACAUCUGUUUGACAGUGUGGGUGAGCAACGACCCCCUUGGCUUUGCUGCCUCCCAGGCCAACUUCUAUCCACCACCGCCAGAGUGGAUCCAUGACAAGUACGAUGCCACUGGCGAGAACCUUCGAAUCCCAGCUGCACAGCCCCUGGAGUUUGCUCAGUUCCCCUUCUAUCUCAAUGGACUGCGGCAGACAUCAGACUUUGUAGCAGCUAUCGAGAGUGUGCGUGCCAUCUGUGAUGAGGUGGCUCAGACACAUGGUGUGGUCAGCUACCCUAGUGGCUACCCUUUCCUCUUUUGGGAGCAGUACAUUGGUCUACGUCAUUGGCUCCUGCAAGCUAUCAGCAUUGUGUUGGCCUGCACUUUCCUGGUGUGCACCCUGCUGCUACUCAACCCUUGGACUGCCAGCAUCAUUGUAUUCAUUUUGGCUAUGAUGACAGUUGAGCUCUUUGGUAUCAUGGGCCUGAUGGGCAUCAAACUGAGCGCUAUCCCUGUGGUCAUCCUUAUUGCCUCUGUGGGCAUUGGUGUGGAGUUCACUGUCCAUGUGGCACUAGGCUUUCUCACUGCCAUCGGCAACCGGAAUCUGCGCUCCACUGUGGCUCUAGAGCACAUGUUUGCCCCUGUGAUGGAUGGUGCUGUCUCCACUCUGCUAGGUGUAUUGAUGCUGGCUGGUUCAGAAUUUGACUUCAUUUUGAGGUACUUCUUUGCUGUGCUCACCAUCCUGACGAUUCUGGGGCUGCUAAAUGGUCUGGUGUUACUGCCUGUCCUCCUGUCUAUUAUUGGCCCACCAGCUGAGGUAACACCUGCAGAUAAUGGUAGCCGCCUGCCAACACCAUCACCUGUUCCCCCACCCAUCAGUCACCACAGUUUUUAUGUGUGCCAACAUGGUGGGGCCUUUUCUGACUCUUCUGACUCAGAGUAUUACUCAGAGAGCAUUGGUGCAUCGGACACUGGUGAAGAUGACCGGAGCACCUAUAUCAUCCCCCCAACUCAGUCACACAUCUUGGUCAAGGCCAGCAAAAGUCCCAGCUUCCCCAAAAUCACGGUGGUGAAAAGCUACAAGACAAGCUUGGAGUCACCUCUGUCACUGUGCGGCCCAGAAUGGACUCAAACCAUGACCCCUGGAAGCCACGUAACAUCAUCCACCACAGAUAUCAAGGAAACUUCACAGCAGCAAGAGUGGCCAAAUCACAGACUAGGGCCUCAGCAGGCUCGGACUGCCCCCAUUCCCCUUCGGACCGACCCCCAUGCCCACAGUGCCAAAGUGCCACCUCUUGGGACUGGUGGCUCCUUCACCACAGUUACAGCCACUGCCUCAGUGAUGCUGGCUUUGCACCCAUCCCUACCCGGCUCCUGCCGAGGCUAUACGCAUGAGGGCUUUGAAUCUGACAGCCCUGAGGAGCCUGGCUUAGUCCUACCCGACAGCUUGGAACUGCAAGACUUAGCCCAGAGACCUUAGCGUCUUACUUUCAUCAGGCCAAGACCCUGAUUCUAGACUCCCACCUCAGGGAUAGGAUGUGCACAGCAUCCCGGGUGGGGGCGGGGGCCCAGGUUCUCGCACACACCAUGGACUGUGAAGCAGAAUGGAUAUGUGGAAGCUCCAGCACAGUAUCUAAUCAUCUUUAGACAUAGACAGUGCCUUUGUGAACUGGAACAAGGAGAUGAGAUGAGCUACUGCAGUAUCUGUCCAUUGAAAUGGUUGGUGUGUACUCCUAGCACCUGGUAUUCCACUCUCCCAUAUCUUGUUUCUGUAGGUGUAUCUGCCACCAAAACACAAGCUGGGCCCCUUGGUUGCCAGGGUGCCUGGUUUCAAAACACUCCCAGUUUCUGUCUUUAUGUCGGACUGAUGACCAAUAUAGCAUCGGGUGUACUUACCUACUGACAGGAAAAGUUCCAGCCCUCAACAUGGGAAGUGGGGGUGACCAUUCCCCUUACGUUACAUGAAACAUUUCAUGGCUGUUAUUGGAGCAGAGCAUCAAAAAUUGUCCAAACACAUACCCUCCCGUGGAGAGAACAGGACUCAACUUAUAUGUGGGGAACUCACC